AAAGGUACCGGGAGAAUGUAAUGUUUAUCUAGAAAAAUAUAAAACCAUUUUUUUACAGAUCGAACUGUAAUGAAAGAACAGUCCAUCUCGGUUCACAAAUAUCCGUAUCGUUUGACGAUAGUAAAGGAUACCUUACAAUUCCGUCCGGGACAUCAUUUCAAUUGCACUGUACUGUUGACCUAUCACGAUGGUAGUCCAGCUAGAAAUGUUUCGCUUUUGGUAGAAGCGACUGGAGAAGGUGUAGAGCACGAGCAGACUUAUUUUACACAGCAUGACGGUUCAAUUAACGUUUUGUUGCAUCCAACACUGUCGACCCAGGAAGUUUAUCUUACUAUUUCAGAGAAAAAGUACGAUUUAUUAUACAUGAAAAAACUACAUUCCGUUCAACCUCUUACUAACAUCACCAUGAAGCUACAACUACGGUUUCCGUAAGUAUCGAGUCGUGUAGUUGUUUACAGACAUUUUUAAAAGACUAUUAAUUUUUCCAGCA